AGUGACAAGUUAUCAUUCGUUGACCUAGGCCACCAAGACCUAUCCUGCUCGGUGCAAACUUCUUUCGAGAAGCUGUGUGUACAUCUUGCGCGCAAACAAGGAUCCGUUGCUCCGAGUCAACCUAGGCAUCAACAAUGCAGCUCAUGCGGCAACCAACGGGGGCCGCGCCCGCGCGGGCGUCUUCGCGGGCCCCGGCACUUCCCGUGUUGCCCCACCAUCGGCAGCAGCGCCUCCGGCACCGCGGCCUGCACACCUGCCGGACUGCUAGCGGCACGACAUCCGACAAGGUGGCACUGGAAUCACCAGCUAGCAACGCGGCGACAGACGCAGCGCCUGCUGCCGCUGUCGCGCACGCUGCGGCCCCUGAGGACGCCCGUGCCAUCGUGGACGAGGUUCUCAAAGCCAUCGAAGGCACGGACAGCGGUCUGUCCAUCGACCCCGCCACCCGCAAGCACGUGGACGGGCUGCUGGACAAGCUGGAGGCGCUGGGGGCGGCGCAGCAGCCGCGGCCGCUGGACAGCCCUCUGUUGUGGGGAAACUACAACGUGGCCUACACCAGCGUGGGCCGCAGCCAGGAGCGGGGAGAGCCCGCUGGCGGGCGCUUCCGCGGCAAGAUAGGUCGUGCGCUGUUCCGCACCGCGGGCCUGUUCCAGUCCGUGCUCCAGCCCGACAUCGCCACCAACAAGGUGGAAUUCAAGCUGUUCGGGAUGCUGCCGGGCUUCGUUGGCCUGCGUGGCCGUGUGGUGCCGCAGGGCGACGCGGGCGACACGGUGCAGGUGCUGUUCGAGCCGCCCGUGCUGGCCAUAGCCGACAAGCUGUUCCUGUGCAUUGGCCGCACCAGCAGUGUGGUUCUGUCCACCACCUACCUGGAUGAGCGCAUACGGCUGGGCAAGGGCAGCCGCGGCUCGCUGUUUGUGUUCACACGCGGCGGAGCCGCGGACGCGGCGGGCAUGGACCAGGUGGGGCUGCAGCGCACCAGCCUCACCGCCGCCGCGCUGUUUAGCGCCUUCUUCGUGUCGCUGUUCGCGGCGGGCUGGCUGCUGUGGGCCACCGCCAACCCGCUGGGCCGGGCCGCGGCGGUGGCCUUCUGGCUGCUGGGUGCGGCCGUUGGCGGCGUGGUGCGGCAGGGUGGGCUGGUGAUGGACAGGGAGGAUGAGCGCAUGGUGGCGGCGGCGCAGGCGGCGCUGGCGGAGAAGGAGCGGAAGGAUAAGGAGCGGAAGGAGGAGGCGGGAGGAGGCGCUGAGGCGGGUGCGGGCGGUGUGACGCCGGCGGCAGCGUGAGGCGGCGAGGAGGAGGAGAAAAAGGAGGAGGAGGAGGAGGGGGAUGGUGUUUGCCGGAGUGCGUGCGUAAUUGAGAGUGUGCGUUUCUCUGAGUUGCCAAUUUUUGCUGCCGAGGGCGGUUGUGGCUGUGGUGGAUGAGAGGCACAUCAACGCGCUGCGAUGCCGUGCCGGAGCCUGCUGUGUUGCGUUGGGCGUAAGCUGCUGGUGCGCAUACAAGCGCAGCGUGUUGCCGUUUGUGCCAGUGCGUGGGCUCGCGUGAUUAGCGGUGUGAUGAUGUGUGUGCUGAUUCUGCUGUAUUGCUGAAGCCAGGGGACUACAUCCGGGACACUGAUGUUGGGGCUGCAUCGUGGGGCUACAUGCACUAUAUUAUUUCCAUUUGAGUCGCGUACAGACCCCGGGCGCUGCGAUCAUCCGAUUGCGUAACCGGCCGAGGAACACUUGGAGGCUUGUUGCAGAACGAUACCCGUACUGUUGCAUUGCGUGCACACCAUGCAAACCACCCACAG